UCCAUCUUUCGCCCCAAAUUUCCCGAUGCUCAGUGACCUCCUUCCUCCCGCUCACUUCAAUCUUCAAUUCUGAAAACCCUAACGAGAGAGGAAAGAGGAACAAACAACGAGAAUUUUCGAUUGUCUGCUGGAAAUCCAUAGUCUUCAUCAAUGAUGUCCGCAAAGAAAUACAAGAAGGAGAAAAUCGCUCGUCGGAAGGAGGAGAAAGCAGAAGAACCCGAGCAACCCAAGUACAGGGACCGAGCUAAGGAGCGGAGGGAAGAUCAAAAUCCCGAUUAUGAGCCUACUGAAUUGGGUUCUUUUCAUGCUGUUGCUCCUCCUGGGACUGUUGAUAUACGGUCGGCCGAUGCACACAAGUUAUCCAUCGAGAAGAGCAAGUACCUUGGAGGUGAUGUGGAACAUACACAUUUGGUCAAAGGGUUGGAUUAUGCCUUGCUUAACAAGGUAAGAAGUGAGAUUGACAGGAAGCCAGAUGCUGGGGAGGAAGCUGAUGGGAAGUCAAGGACAUCGAAGGAAGAUCAGCAAGUGGCAUUUCGUACAGCCACUGCAAAGUCAGUGUAUCAAUGGAUAGUGAAGCCUCAAACUAUCAUGAAGACAAAUGAGAUGUUUCUACCUGGUCGAAUGUCAUUUAUUUUUAACAUGGAGGGUGGAUACUCCAAUGACAUACCAACUACCUUGCAUCGAAGUAAAGCUGACUGUCCAGUUCCAGAGGAAAUGGUUACUGUCAGUGUUGAUGGUUCUGUACUGGAUCGAAUUGCUAAAAUCAUGUCAUACCUCCGCCUUGGAUCAUCUGGAAAGGUUCUUAAGAAGAAAAAGAAGGAUAGAGAUCUGAGGGGGAAGCUCUCAACUCUUGGUAAUGAAUAUGAUGAAGAGGAGAAGCCAGCUAAGCUUAAUGGUGGAAUUCCAAAUAAUAGAACUGAAAGAGAAGUUUUACCCCCACCUCCACCACCUCCAAGGAAAAAUAAUCUUGAUUCGAGAGAGAAGCAAGGUCCAUCUAUUGCUAGAGAAGAAGAGGGUGACAUAUUUGUGGGGGAUGGCACUGACUAUGCUGUUCCAGGUAAAGACAUAAACCAAAGCCCACUCUCAGAAGACAUGGAAGAGUCUCCUCGAAAUAAGGAAAAAGUUUCAUACUUCACUGAACCCACUUAUGGUCCAGCUCCACCCACUGGGGCUCCUCAAGAAUGGCAAGUGAAUGGAUAUGACACCUUGCAAGCACAAGUGAUGGCUGCUGGCUACCAAGGAGAGUGGCAGGAAUACCAGUACGCUGAGCAACUGGCUUACCCUGAGCAAUACCUUCAGGUCAAUAUGCAGACUUAUGAUUCAGAAGCAGGAUUGAAUGUUCCACUGGAUCCUCGAUUCAUGACACAAGAAGAGAAGGAUCGUGGUUUAGGAUCUGUAUUCAAGCGUGAUGAUCAAAGGCUUCAACAAUUGAGAGAGAAAGAUGCCCGUGAAAAGGAUCCCAAUUUCGUAUCUGAGAGUUACUCUGAAUGUUACCCUGGUUAUCAAGAGUAUAACCGGGAGAUUGUUGAGAGUGAUGAUGAAGAUGACUUAUCAAAAAUGGAUAUGGGGGGACGAGCAAAGGGGCGUCUCCAUCGGUGGGACUUCGAGACUGAAGAGGAAUGGGCAUCAUACAAUGAGCAGAAGGAAGCAAUGCCAAAAGCUGCAUUCCAGUUUGGCGUGAAGAUGCAAGACGGGAGGAAGACAAGAAAGCAAAACAGGGACCAGAAGCUCAAUAACGAGCUGCAUCAGAUCAACAAGAUACUGGCUAGAAAGAAGAUGGAGAAAGAGACGGGAGGCGAAGGUGGUGGACAUUAUAACGAUGAUUUACAACCUGGAAAAAAGCUCAGAAUAUCAAGUUAAUAGCUUACGUUAUGGUUUUCUUUUUCGUUAUGUAUAAUUAAUAAUCUAAAAGCUCCUCAAGUCGGUAUUCGUUUUUGUUAGGAGAAUGUUAAUUGUUAUAAUGGUAUAUAAUAUUGAAAGUUUAUAAUAUGAUAUAUUGUUAUGUAGUUUUUUUUUUUUUUUUUCCUUAGGGAUUUACCUGUGUUAUAAUAUAUGAUUAUUCAUUUA